GGUGCUGUUCCCGGUGCUCGAUGGCCUCCUCGCGGCAGAAGACCCUCCUGUUCACCGCUGCGGGGGUCCUGGGGUUCGGGUGCGCGCUGGCCGCGGCCGUGGCCACGGGGCUGCCUCUGUGGGUGGACGCGCUGAUGCUGUGUCGGACCGGAGCGGAGCUGGUGAACGCCACCGGGGCCGAGCUGGAGCAGUUCCUCGGGGCCGUGAGCUACGGGCUGUUCACCGGGACCAGAGUGAGACACUGCGGGCUCGGGGGCCGGCCCACGCGCUUCUACUUCUUUCCAGACCUGUUGGCUCAGAUCCCGGCCGGUCUCCAUGUCACAGUCCUGGUGCUGUGCUGCUUCGUGGUUCUGUUCUCGGCUCUGGGUUCCGGAUUCUUCUUUUACAACGCCUUCGGUCGACCGUACCACACGCUCCACGGCCCCACAGGACUCUACCUCUGGAGCGCCAGCAGCUGUGGCUGCAGUCUCCUGGUGCUGGUCCUUUUCGGUUGUGAGGUGAAGAUUCGCCGUUUGUCUGAGCUCAUCUCAAAUUUUAACGAGUCGACGUUCGUGUUCCAGACGCAUGGCGAGCGAUACGAGCGAUCCUAUUGGCUGUUCUUCCUCGUGUCCUUCCUCCAGGCCACAAACGUGCUCCUGAUUCGUCUGUCCGGGAUCCACUUCCCCUUUCACCAAAAAGAGCCCACGGACGCAGAGACGGGCGCCGCCGACCUCAUGUACUGACCACGCCCCCACGCACUGACCACACCCACGUAGACAGACCACACCCACGUAGACUGACCACGCCCCCACGCACUGACUGAAGGACAUAACCUCAGCCUUGGGCGCAGCUGUUUUCUGUGUGUCCAUAGAUGCAGGAUCCUCUAGUGGCGGCUCCAGGUACUGCAGACAGAAUGUAUUUAUGUGAACUGUCCUGACAGGGCAUCCGGCUUUAAGGGCUGAUUCUGUACGAUACUUCUGUAUUUUCACAACAUGAACUUUUUUGAAUAUUUAAACCCUCAAAGUGCCUCAAAGUUAGCUUUGUAAGCAUUAGCCUAGCCCCGCUGUAGCACCUAUUGCUGUGAUUGGUCAGAACUGAUCACAUGGUACAUGUUUCUGUAGCUCAGGCCACUGAAAACAACACGACGCCAUCUUUGGUCCAUCUUCAGAUCUUCUGUGGUAACAACAGAAGCUCCGACAGGAUCAUGACUCGUGACAUUUACGUCUUUUUACACUUUAAACAAACUCAGAAAUAAACAUUUGAACAUUUGUGAAUUUACAUUUUACAAAC